GAUCGAACACGAGCAGACGGGAAUGUGACGGACCGCCUUGCUGCGCUGUCAGUUAGUUAAUUUUCUCGAGUCAUCGAUCAUUAGUGAUUAACGAGCUGGAGAUUAGAAGAUAUCAACAUACGAAAAUAUGCGAAAAAAAUCUGAUUCAAAAAAAUGAGGAUGAUGUUCGGAUUUACUGAUCUCCGAUUACACUUGAUCGCUUUGAUCACAUCUAACGUUAUUUGUUUUGUUUACGGCCACGAUUUGAAGGGUUUCGACGAUACGGUUCUAUUCAAAAUCAAUUGGCCGGGGAAAAGUGCUACGGAUUUACUGGAACCCACAGCAAAUGCAGAACCCUACUUUAUAACAACGGCAAACAAUGAACAAUACCACUGUUUGAUACCUGAUACUACGGAACAAGAAUAUGACAAUGGAGAAACGUAUGCUGGGCCUAAUCCUAUACAAAUAUUAUCAACAUUGUUCGUUCAAAAUUCAUGCUCGUAUCGGUUAGAAUCGUAUUGGACUUAUGAGCUUUGCCACGGUAGAUAUGUGCGCCAGUACCACGAGGAGAGAGAAGGAAAAAAAGUUAAAGUCCAAGAGUAUUAUCUUGGAACGUUUGACAAAUCACAGAAAGCUAAACUAUCUGCAGAAUACGAUGAACAUGCCAAGAAUCCGAACUGGAAAGCACAAAUACCGGUUCAAAAGGUGGAAAAUGUAAACAUGCCAUAUUUCGAAAUCGAGAUGUCAGAUGGGACGAUGUGCGACUUGACUGAUAAACCAAGGACGAUAAGAGUUUUGUACGUUUGCUAUCCACAUGGGAAACACGAAAUCUUCUCGUUGAAAGAAACUUCGUCCUGCGAGUACGAGGCUGUUGUUUUAUCCCCGUUACUCUGCAAGCACCCUGAUUACAAAGCGCAAGACAGUGGAGAAAACGUGAUUGACUGUAGACCUGUUGAUAACGCUCCAAAGAAACCCAGGUCUCUAGUUGCUUUAGAAGCUGAAAGCCUGAAACUCAGACAUGAGAAAGUUACGUCUACUCUCCAAAAAUUGAAUCGACUCUUUCUUGCGCAGGAUGAAAAGCCGCAGAAAAUCUAUGCGAUCUUCCAUGUAGAUAAGGAGGGCCAGGAUGGAGAAACGCGGUUCAGAGUUGAAGUCCGCCCAGUAGAGGAAACAAGUAAUGUUGAAGAGACUGCAAGUUCGGCUGUAGAUCAGGGUGUUAGUCCAAUCGAUGUUAGCCCAAUUCAAAAUUUUUUAAGUGGUGUAAACUGUUUAAAUGGGGGUAAUGGUUGGUGGAAAUACGAGUUUUGCUAUGGUCGUACGGUAAAUCAGUAUCACAUAGAGCGAGAUGGUACAAAAACUGUGGUUAAUCUUGGUAAAUUCGACACAAAGAAGCAUCUGGAGUGGAUCGUAGCGCACCCAAAUAAAAGGCCAAAACCUAUCGCACAGAGAAAGCAAUUGUCUCAUUUCUACAGUGACGGCAGCACCUGUGAUAAAACUGGGAAGCUCAGACAAACGGAAGUGAAACUCAAAUGCGCUGACAACCUGACAAUCAGUCCGUCCAGCGUGUCCUUAUACUUACUCGAGCCAAAAACUUGUGAGUAUAUUCUUGGAGUUGAGUCGCCAUUCAUAUGUGACAUUUUGGAGUUUGCCGACGAGAAUGGGCUGAUUGGUGAUACAACUGUAUUAAAUUUUGAUGAUAUGAAAACGCCAUUUCACCAAGAGAGAGAUGAGAUGGAUGAGAGGAUAGCUAAUGAAGACGAAUAGCCGUGAAUAGAGUUCCCCUCUAGAAUUUUCUUUGUUAUGAUCAGCAAACACCCAAAGGAUAACGAAUGCUGUAAUUAUAUUGCAACGAGUAUACGGUACAAAACUGUCGAACCGAAAUUUAUACUGGCAGUGCAUUUAUCACUCGUUUUGUAUGUAUUCGUUAUAAACGUGGACUUACUGCGGUAAAUUCGCACUGUUGAUAAAGUUGAAAUCAUCAGCAUUUGAUACGAACUGUGAAAUACACAAUAUUAUUGAUAAUGGUAAUUCUAUUGCAAAAAAUGGGUUUCUUUUUCAAUGUGGACAAUAUAUUAUUCUAGGUAAAAUGCGAAAUAAAACCAAGUAUUGAAAUUCAGUUUUUUUUUUUUUAUCAUUAGGACAAAUUUUCGACAUUAUUCGUAUGGUAUUCCUUCGUGAUUCGCAAACGAUGGGAUUUGUUAAAAUUUACGAAAGAGAACUAUGGGAUGUAACAAGUGCCAUGGAUGUUUUGGAAUUGAAUUAUCUUCUAAUUUAAAUACUUAAUGUAUGUAUGCUAAACGAUGCUGUGUAAAAAGAGUGUUUUUAAACUGUUGAUGGGGUAUAGGUAAUAAAAUAAUUAAAUAGAA